AAAAUAAACAUCGAAUCAAUCGCGACCUUUUUUUCCAUCGUCAUUUCCCAAUUUGGAUACCGUUGAUGGCCAUCGAUCGAACGGCAAAUAAUUAGUUCCCAGCAAAAUAAACUUGGUUCAAAGCUUUAACUUGCACCAGUGCGGCGAUCUAUUUCUCUGCGAGAGCAACAAUACAUUUCGUCCUGCAAACCUUCCAUUUGUCAAGAUUCAUCAUAAAUGGCAGACUCAAAGCCAGGGAUGAGGAAGCCUGUCUUUGUCAAAGUUGAUCAGCUAAAACCAGGUACUACUGGUCAUACAUUAACUCUCAAGGUGGUCAGUUCAAAUACUGUUCUGCAAAAGGGACGGCCUGAUGGCCCCCAGGUUCGUCAAAUGCGUAUUGCUGAGUGCGUGGUUGGUGAUGAAACUGGUGUGGUCGUUUUUACAGCUAGGAAUGAGCAGGUGGACAUGAUGAAGCCUGGUACAACUGUAAUCCUUCGGAAUGCAAAAAUUGAUAUGUACAGGGGAUCUAUGAGGCUGGCAGUGGACAAAUGGGGAAGAGUUGAGGUGACCGAUGCAGCUGAUUUUGAGGUCAAAGAGGAUAAUAAUUUGUCGUUAGUAGAGUAUGAACUGGUCAAUGUUGUAGAGGAGUGACAGAUGCUGACCAUGAUAUAAAAUAGCAAAUCAAUUUAUGCUUGUUCAAGCCUUUUCAAAUGUUAAUUUGGGUACCAGACAUAACUUUACAGAUCAAACACUAUAGUCCAUUCUCACUCUUUGCCUGGAAAAAUGCACUUGUAAAGCAGUGUUGGCUGUUUUCUAGGGCAGAAAGUAUAAAAUGGUUUAUUGGGAUUCAGUGAUACAGUGAGCCCAGAGCUAUUUUCUCUUCAGCAAGGAAGUAUUAUGGGGUAUUUAUUAUUAAUCAAAAUCUACUCUGAGGUGCUGUGAUUUUGCAGAGGUAUCAACCAAGUGGUAUGUUUGUCCAUUUCUUUUUAAUGCUUUUCUCAACCUUGAUGGUCAAGAUUGUUACUAUUGUAACUGGGACAGAUUUAUUUCUGGACCAUAUUUUAGUUUAUGGCAAUGCCAUUGAAAAGACAAAGAGGUAUCAGAGUUCCAGUACUUCUCAAAUGAUCAAAUUUUAAUAAUAUAAUAUAUUCUGCAUA